UUUGGGGUGCUCCAGGGGUCCCUGGGGUCACUCGGGGGGAUUUGGGGUGCUCCAGGGGGGGUCCUUGGGUCACUCUGGGGGCCUUUGGGGUGCUCCAGGGCCCCCCCUUGGCUCACUCUGGGGCCUUUGGGGUGCUCCAGGGGUCCCUGGGGUCACUCUGGGGGAUUUGGGGUGCUCCAGGGGGGGUCCUUGGGUCACUCUGGGGGCCUUUGGGGUGCUCCAGGGGUCCCUGGGGUCACUCUGGGGUGCUCCAGGGGUCCCUGGGGUCACUUUGGGGGCCUUUGGGGUGCUCCAGGGCCCCCCCUUGGCUCACUCUGGGGCCUUUGGGGUGCUCCAGGGGUCCCUGGGGUCACUCUGGGGUGCUCCAGGGGUCCCUGGGGUCACUUUGGGGGCCUUUGGGGUGCUCCAGGGCCCCCCCUUGGCUCACUCUGGGGCCUUUGGGGUGCUCCAGGGGUCCCUGGGGUCACUCUGGGGUGCUCCAGGGGUCCCUGGGGUCACUUUGGGGGCCUUUGGGGUGCUCCAGGGCCCCCCCUUGGCUCACUCUGGGGCCUUUGGGGUGCUCCAGGGGGUCCCUGGGGUCACUCGGGGGUGCUCCAGGGGGUCCCUGGGGUCACUCGGGGGGAUUUGGGGUGCUCCAGGGCCCCCCCUUGGCUCACUCUGGGGCCUUUGGGGUGCUCCAGGGGUCCCUGGGGUCACUCUGGGGUGCUCCAGGGGUCCCUGGGGUCACUUUGGGGGCCUUUGGGGUGCUCCAGGGCCCCCCCUUGGCUCACUCUGGGGCCUUUGGGGUGCUCCAGGGGUCCCUGGGGUCACUCUGGGGUGCUCCAGGGGUCCCUGGGGUCACUUUGGGGGCCUUUGGGGUGCUCCAGCCCCCCCUUGGGUCACUGCGGGGGGUUGGGGUGCUCUGGGGGGGUCCUGGGGUCACUCUGGGGGAUCCGGGGGUGACGGGGGC